AUGGCGUGGUUCAUCCUUCACCUCCUUACUCUUCUCUGGUCCAUGGCUGGGACCACUUCCUACACCAGAAACCUGUGCUCUGUUCCCUCAGCACAGCAGUCCCUGGUAAAUGGGAUCCAAGAGCUCAUGGAAUCUUCUGUGAGCAACUCGGCCUUUCCAAACCCCAGUGUCCUGAUUGCCAUGAACCUGGCAGGAGCCCAAGACCUGGAAGCCCAGAAGCUCUUGGUGUACAAGCUCUUGGCCAGUGACAGCUCUGACCUAACCAUUGGCCAACUUGCCCUCACAGUUAUGGCCCUCACCUCCUCCUGUCGAGACACUCGGGAGAAAGCAGAGAUUCUACAGAGUCAGUUGGAGAAGUGGGCCCCCUCAGGCCUCAAUGCACCAGCUUCAUCCUUCUAUGGCCCCAGUCUGGCCAUCAUGGCACUGUGCCAGAAGAAUGCUGAACCCAUCUUACCAAUAGCAGUUCGUUUUGCCAAGUCCCUGCUGGUCAAUAUUGCUCCUUUCAGUGUGGAUACAGGAGCAAUGGCAACCUUGGCUCUAACGUGCAUGUUCAACAAGAUCCCUGUAGGUUCAGAGGAAGGUUACAAGACCUUGUUUAGACAAGUACUGAAGGAUCUGGUGGAGAAUAUCAGCAUGAGGAUCCAAGACAAUGGCAUCAUUGGGGAUAUCUACAGUACUGGUCUUGCCAUGCAGGCUCUCUCUGUGACACCUGAGCAACCUAACAAGGUGUGGAACUGCAAGAAGACAAUGGAGGCAGUACUUAGUGAGAUUAAAAUGGGGAACUUUCACAACCCAAUGUCCAUUGCCCAAAUUCUCCCUUCUCUGAAAGGCAAGACCUAUCUAGAUGUGCCUCAUGUAUCUUGCAACUCUGAUCCUGAGGCACAACCAACUCUGCCCAGCCAUCUCAGCCCUGUGCCCACCGCAGCAUCUAACAUCACUGUCAGAUACACCAUCAACAACCAGCUGCGAGGGGUGGAGCUUCUCUUCAAUGUGACCAUCGAUGUUAGUGUGAAAAGUGGAUCUGUGUUGCUUGUUGUCCUGGAGGAAGCACAGCGCAAAAAUCACAUGUUCAGAUUUGAAACGACAAUGACAUCUUGGGGUCUGUUUGUCUCUUCUAUCAAUAAUAUUGCUGAAAAUGUUAAUCAUAAGACGUAUUGGCAAUUCCUAAGUGGCCAAACACCUUUGAUUGAAGGAGUUGCUGACUACAUCCCCUUCAAUCACGAGCACAUCACAGCCAAUUUCACACAAUACUAA